CGUUGGCGCGCCGGCCGCAGAAGAGGUCCCCGUCGCCGCCGCGUCCCCUCGGGUCACGCAUAGCUAUGGCCUUGAGGCUCCUGAGACUGGCCUCCGCGUCCCCGGUGGCGCGGGGCCUCGCGGCGGGCGUCCAGCGCGUGGAAGGAAUUCAUACAAGCCUACAGCACAAGCUGCGGUACGGUCCUUUGUCCUUCAUACUUGGUGAAAAAACAACUAAAAAAUUGACAGAAUACAGCAAAGUGAUAACUGUAGACGGCAAUAUUCGUUCCGGAAAAGGCAAACUUGCAAAAGAAAUAACAGAAAAACUAGGUUUAAAGCACUUUCCUGAAGCUGGUAUACAUUAUGCAGACAGUACCACAGGAGAUGGAAAAGAACUGGAUAUAGAGUUUAGUGGCAACUGCAGUUUGGAGAAAUUCUAUGAUGAUCCGAAAAGUAAUGAUGGAAACAGUUACCGCCUGCAGUCUUGGUUGUACACCAGCCGCCUCCUGCAGUACGCAGAUGCCUUGGAGCACCUGCUAAGCACAGGACAAGGAGUUGUACUGGAACGCUCCAUCUUCAGCGACUUUGUUUUCUUGGAGGCGAUGUACAAGCAAGGAUUCAUCCGAAAGGCAUGUGUGGACCACUACUACGAGGUGAAGAAGAUCACAUGCUGCGAGUACUUGCCUCCCCAUGUAGUCAUCUUUGUCGAUGUGCCCGUUCCAGAGAUCCAGAGUCGGAUUCAGAAGAAGGGAGAUCCACAUGAAAUGAAGAUCACGUCUGCCUAUCUCCAGGACAUUGAGAAUGCCUACAAGAAUACUUUUCUCCCUGAAAUGAGAGAAAAAUGUGAGAUUUUACAGUAUAGUGCAAGGGAAGCUCAAGAUGCAGAAAAGGUGGUUGAAGAUAUUGAGUACCUCAAGUAUGACAAAGGACCUUGGCUUAAACAAGAUGAUCGCACCUUCCACCACCUGCGCAUGCUGGUUCAGAAUAAAUUCAAAGUGCUGAAUUACACCACCAUUCCUAUCUAUCUCCCAGAAAUCACAGUUGGAGCUCACCAGACUGACCGUAUCUUCCAGAAAUUCAAUGAGCUGCCCGGCAGAAAAUACCAGCCCGGCUAUAACGCCGAUGUGGGGGACAAGUGGAUUUGGCUGAAGUGAGCGGCCUGACUCCACCUGGGCUCCACAGAGCUGAAAAAGCGAAUGACCUGACAACCUUGCAGAAGAAACGGCCUAGCAGAAACCACCUGUGCUGUAGUUUAGUUAACAGAGUUGGAGGAAAUGGAUUCCACUUAAAAGGUUUUAAACUUUCUGGCUUUGUUUUGAAUGAUCCAUAAGUAUUACUGUGAAAACAAAUGUGUCAGCUAUGAAAGACCCAAUGUCACCAGAAGAAUUUCUUCUCUUCAGGUUUGUGCUCUGUAUCAUGAAGAUUUUGUACAUUGUCUCUUCAGAUGUGAAGAAAUAAAAGUUUCCGGGACACCUCCUUAUGAUCCACCUGCACUCGUGUACGCAUAAUCACACGCACACACAUCAUGUACUCUCACCAUUGCCCUUCUGGUUUGAUUUGAUGUGGUUUAGUUUAUUCAGACAUAUUAGAGUUGAAGCAUUUUUCUGAAGUGCUUAUUCUGUUUGUCUUAGCAAUUUAUCACAUUGGAGCAAAAAGAAAAAUAAUGAGGAUAAAAGACCAAAAGGAGGAAGAAAUUCUCCAUAGAUUUAUAGAAUAAUGAAUUUGUUUUAAAAUAAAUUUCAGAAAAUUAUCAUGAUAACCAUCAUCAGCUGGUCUCAACUCCUUCCUCUGAAAGGAGAUUAGUACUACGAACAUUGAUGGGUUAAAAUGCAAAAUAAUAUACCACUAUCUUCAUUUCCCUAAAAAUCAAGUUGUUAAUCAAAAAUAGGUAAUGAGAAAGAAAAACAUUUUUCUCUAUUCACCUCUACUGACACUUAGAAAACAAAAGUAAAAUUAAAGUCUUCUUGCAAACGAUUUGUAGAGUUCGGUGUCGGUCCAGGAGUUAAGCUGUGGUGCUCUGCUGUGCCGUACGGCAGCUCUUAGCCACGUGCGGCCAUUUAAGUCAAGUGCCAACUAACAUUCCAGUCCUCGGUCCCACUGGCCACAUUUCAAGUGCUCGGCAGCCACGGUUGGUGAGCUCAGUGAUGGGCCAUGCAGGAGAGAGCAGUUUUCGUUGCCGCAGGAGGUUCUGCUGGGCAGCGCUGCUGUCCACAUGCUCGAGGAUGCAGGUUUCUUCCUAGGUUGUAAGGAGUGAAAAUGGUUUCCCUGCAGAUGUGAGUUGGAGUCCAGAGCUAAGUGGCUGAAGCUUCAGUUCAGUCCUUAACCCUUAAUUGAGAGUGCAGCCAGGGUCCAGCACUAGGCCAGCCGAGCGUGUCCUGGUCAGAGCCUAAGACCCGUGAGGAGAGGGAAAAGAAGGAGCCUUGGUCUUCUGCUGACUGCACUGCUGGCUCAUCCACAAUCGGGGGAUGGCUUCCCGAGUGGGCAGGUUACUUUUGUGAGACGCAGAUCUCUUUCAAAGUCAUCCUUGUUUAUUUUAGUGCCGUGUGGACACUGAGACUCUCAUCCACACAAAUCUGUCAAAACCUGGGCUGCACAUUUCCCUUGGUGGAUUGUGCAGCAUAAUUUGUAGAGCUGAAGAAGUUAAGCCACAUGAUUAUCUGGUGUUUUCGUGUAUAUGAUGCUGGUAGACAAAGGCAAGGAAACAUUAUUCACGCCUUCUCUUCACUUGAAACUGAAGAAGAGUUUAGUAGACACCCCUAAUCGCCUUGUUUCAGAACAGUACACAAUUUAGUUUCACAAAAAUGCUUACAGUCCUUGAGGGGGAGAGGGGAAACCCAAUAUUGAAAUAAAACUGCAUUUUCAGAUAA